UCAACCUACUUUGCAGACCUCAUAGCCAUUGUAAGCCAACGCUACCAGCUGUGUCCAGCAGCCAGACACCUUGCUCUCUACUUACUGGAACUUUUCAUGGACUGCUAUUACAUAAUGGUGCAACAUCUUCACAUGGUCACACUCUCCUGCUUGCUUUUGGCUAGUACGUUUGUGACUGCUUCCUUGCAAGCCUCUGCAUGGCCAAACUUCCAAUUGCUGUGGUCCACUAAGCCUUUAAACUCAUAAUUUGUGAAACUCACUAAGCCUUGUGAUUAUUUCCCCCCGUCUGUAGGUAAGUUUGAGGACAGAGAGAGGACCGGGUUCCUAAGCUGGAGACUCUUAACUGCCUGGGCUGCAUGAGCUCCAUUAAUUUGGUGUUGACCAAGCAGGGCCUGCUGCACAUGGAGUUCCUCCUGCUGGAGACCUUCCAGUGGAACCUGUACCUGCCCAUGUCGUGGAAAUACUUCUCAAAUAUAUCUCUCAGACACCGGAGCUUGUGAAUUCAGUAUAGACUUUAUUACACAGUAACAAGCCGAGCUGGUCCAUGGAGCUGCCCAUCCUAACUCGGAGCUCUCCUUUUAUACAGUUUCAUUCUUACACAACAUACAUAGUCACUCCUAUUUAUGUAAAUGAAUGACAUAUUUUAGUUCCACGCCACUAUUGUUUCCAAAGUCUAAGUGGCUUCUCUCUAGGCUGGGUUUCCCCUCCCCUUUGACGCUUAACACAGUUAUAUUAGUGGCGUGAUACAAGCAGUAUCAUAAAAAAUAAUGAGUACAUUCUUAAAGAUGAUUAGAUUACAGGGUGUGCUGACUGUCAUUACUAUCCAGGCAUGCAUCUGGAUUACAAAGUGUCAAUCAUGCUUUAUUCUGUUUUUCCCUUCUCCUAUACAAAAAGGUGUGGUUACAGUGACCUCCACUUGCUGAGGUAUUUUUGCCAUUAGGACCGCUAGACUACAUACUUUCAUUUUAGUUUCAGGAGUUAGUUUCUCAGGUAUUGGUGGGAUCAUGAGACGUUUGGUUUGUUUUAUAUCCAUAAUUUUUUGCAUGUUCUAUCUCUUUUGUAUUUUAUUUAUACACAAUGGUCUUUAAGGCAUUUAAUCCUCAUUAGCACGUACCCUUCUAUUUGGCAUCUGCCUAAUUUUGGCCAUCCUGUGUGCAGAACCUGAUCAGUUUUUCAACUGUUCUGGUUUCCAUUUGUUAUUAGGGGGUCCAUUGAAGGGCAGAGAAGUCAAUGGUGGGGAAGUCACUUUCUUCGAUGGUAGGGAAGUCACUUUCUUCGAUGGUAGGGAAGACACUUUCCCUCUAACUCCUGUUGUCCCUCCGUUGCCGGGGUCAUUGCCUGUGUUUGGGGCACCUGCCAUAACAGGUAUCCCAUUAGUAGUAUUCCACACGUCAUCACGCCCCAUCCCCUGACUCUCUGGAUUUUCAGGAGGGAGUAUCUGCUGGCCUUCGAUGUUUGUGCUGAGGCUCGUACUUGCUUCUUCUUCUUCUUGGACCCCACCUGGUGCCUCAACAUCCUCAGCUACCUCGUGGUUCCCUUUGGGACCCUGGUGCAGUGGUUCAGAUGGUACCAAAUCGUACUUCCUUCCACCUGUAUCGCCGUGGGUGUUGCUCGGAUCACCAUGUAUGGUCCUUCUCUCCUGGGCUCGUUCCUCUUUCUGCAGAACACUCGGAUGUAGACCUGGUCUCCUGGUAUCACCGGGCCUGGUUCCUCUGGUCUGGGUUACGGUUCUCGCCUUUUUUCCUGGCGAUAAAUAACUUUAUGUAUAGCAGUUAGUUGUCUCACAUAUGCUUUAAGUUCCAUUUCUAAUUGUUCCAAUGAGGGACCAUUAUAGGGUCCUCUUAGAACAGGCACCGGCAUGGGUCGACCUGUAAGCAUUUCAUGCGGGGUUAGGUGUGUAUUUCUGUUAGUUUGCAUGCGAUAGCUCAUUAAAGCAAGUGGCAGUGCAUCCACCCAGUUAAGUUUUGCACUAGUACAGAUUUUAUUCAAUUUAGCCUUGAGGGUUCCAUUUAUUCUCUCAACCAUCCCUUGCGACUGUGGUGAUAUACACAUCCCAGUCUUUGCUUAAUCGUUAACUGCUGUAGCACUUGUUUUACCAUUUUCUGAAUAAAUGCUGACCCAUUGUCUGAGCUAAUUUCUGUCAGUAUUCCAAACCUGGGUAUUACUUCUCUGGUAAAAAAUGUAAUUACUGUCCCUGAUCCUCGAUCUGCUGAUGGUACCGCCUCUACCCAUCUGCUAAAUCUAUCUAUUAUCACUAGGAUGUAUUUUUUGCCAUUUAUCUUUUUCAUCAUGUCCACAUAAUCCAUGACUCGGUGUCGAAAUGGUCAUUCUGGGACUGGUAUGUGACCUAUAGGCGUGGUUAUGCCUUUACACACAUUAUUUGGCACGCAAACAUCACAUUUUGCCAAUGCAUCAUCUACCAUUGCUUGCAAAUAUGGCGACCAGUAUCCUUGUUUUUUAAUUUUCCUCACCACUUCCACGCUUUCGCAAUGGUCAAAACCAUGCACAUCUGUUAUCAUCAUAUUAAGCAACAUGGUGGGCGCUACUAUGGUCCCUUCAUGAGACCUCCAUAGUCCCGUAAUCUCUUUUGUGGCACGUCUUUGGUGCCACAUUGUUUGUUCAUAAGUUCCUGCUCUUGCCUGCAUCUUAAUUAUAUCAUCUGGUUGUGGUAUAGAUUCAAUAAUGACUGUUAAUACCGGGAUGGUACAUUUAGAUGCUUUUUUGGCAGCUUCAUCAGCCGCAUUAUUGCCUUUAAUCACAAGCCCAUUUCCUUUCUUGUGCGCCUGACAUUUUAUUAUUGCCAGUUUUGUGGGGUACAUUAAUGCCGUCAUUAUUUCUACGAUCUGCUUGUGAUGAUAAUGUACCAUUACUUUUCCUAAAUCCUCGUUGUUUCCAGACUGCCCCAAAUAGGUGGCAUACCCCAUGUGCAUAUGCCGAAUCAGUAUAUAUGUUAACUGUCUUCCUUUUUCCUAGAGUGCAGGCUGCGGUAAGUGCUUUUAGUUCGGCUAACUGGGCUGAGCAUGGCUGUGGACAGUAUUCUGCUAUCACUUCUUUAAACUCCUUCCUUGUUCUCGUACCAUUGCAUAACCUGCAUGAUUUCCCGUAUGAUCUUUAUAGCAAGACCCAUCCACAAAAUAUUAUUCUAUGUACCCUUUCCCCGUGUUAAGAAAUGGGGUUGACUCUAGGUCUGGUCUAAGUCUGGUAAACAUCAGAAAUUCUGCUACACAGUCAUAUGCUUGUCCCUCAAAUUCUAAAGGAAUUAUUUCAGCUGGGUUCACCGUACUGCACCGUUUUAAUGGAAACGUCUGGAUAGGUUAGUAGGGUCAUAUAUUCUAAGGUUCUAGCAUUGGUUAAGACAAAUUUUCCCUGCUCUAUUAACUCCACUAUUUUAUGGUGUGUGUGUGUAUUGUUAUUGGAUAUCCCAUGGUGAUGGUAGAUGCUUUAUCAUAUGCAUAUUGUAGUGCACCUAAGCCUUGAUAACAGGGUGGGUAUCCCUGGGCAAUGGAAUCCAAUUUGGUACCAUAAUAUGCAAUGGGUUGUUUGCGUCUUCCACUGCAUGUUUCUUGCAUAAGUACUGCCGCCGCAUACCUAUCACACCUAUUUGUCACAUAUAGCAGGAAUGGUUUUGUGUAAUCUGGGGCUGCCAGAGCUGGAGCGGACUGCAUCUCUUUCUUCAGCGUUUCAAAUGCAAUUAGGGCGUCACUGUUCCAUUCAAGACUUGCCCUAAGGUUUAGCUGUCCUGCUUCUUUCAUAAUUUCUCGCAGAGGAGCUGUCUUAACCACAUACUCCUCUAUCCAGUCUGAGCUAAAUCCAGUCAUUCCUAAAAAUGUCAUAAUAUGGACCACUGUUUGAGGAAGUGGCACUUUGCUAAUCCCUUCUAGUUGUCCUGGUGCUAUUUCCUUUGUUCCAUGUGCUAUUGUUCGUCCUAGGUAUUCAACUUGGGAUCGGCAGUAUUGGAGUUUUGUUUUUGACACCUUGUGUCCUCCUUCUGCCAGUCGUUUUAAGACCUUCAUAGAAUCAGCAUGGCAUUGUUCCAAGGAGGAGGCACAAAUCAACAGAUCAUCUACAUACUGAAUCAAUGUUCCUUCAAGUAUUAAGUCAUUCCAGUUCCGCUCUUAGCACCUGAUUAAACACAUGAGGCGAGUGUUAAACCCCUGUGGCAUGCGGGUGUAUGUGUACUGUUUUCCUUUGUACGUACAGUGGGGAGAACAAGUAUUUGAUACACUGCCGAUUUUGCAAGUUUUCCUACUUAAAAAGCAUGUAGAGGUCUGUCAUUUUUAUCAUAGGUACACUUCAACUGUGAGAGACGGAAUCUCAAUCAAUUCUUGCUGGGUAUUCCAGUCUCAAUGCUCGCCAGAAUUCAGGGCGGUAUGUGUCCAAGUUCAUUCUGUCUCCUAGCGUAUCUCCCACUGCCAUCCUCAGGCCGCUGUUCCACAGUACAUCCUCCAUCUUUGCCACUCCCACCACCCUUGCCAACAGUGCCUUUAGAUCCCCCACAGCCAGCAGUUUCCCCAUGGUUUGUUCCUCAAAGGUCCUUAUCCAUUUACCUGCCCCAUCAUGCAAAUCUGGCAGGCGGGCAACCAAUCCUUCCAGGUCCUGUGAUCCCCACGGUACAUAAUGCCCCUGAGUACCUUUUAUUAGGAUUGGGUAUUGUGCACCAGGUCUUGUAGGUUUUUUCAGUGUCUUUCUUUCUUGCAGCCCUCCUCUUUCUCUCUCUCUACCAUACAUUAUGUUCCUAAAGCUGGCUGUCUCUUCUCUGCUCUCCCCGUCUUGUUCCUUACAGGCCUGUUCUCUUGUUCUCUUUGUUCUGUUCUUUCCCUCUUCCUGCUUAGCUGUUUUUCUAGUUUUCUUAUUUCUCUUUCUACUUCCCCACUUUUUAUUUCAAUAUCAGUUACCAUAUAUCCGUCCAGGGAUUCCUCAUCUUCCUCCUUUCUCACCUUCAUUUUUUCCAAGGCCACUCUCAAUCCUUCAUAGCAAUUGAACUUUUUCCCUGGGUCCCUCCCUGUUUCUUGUUCUUUCUCCCCUGUCCUUUCCAGGUCCUUUUCUCUCCUUUGAGUGGAUGCAGCAGAAAUUUCCCUCUCAUUAUCCAACUCUACUUCUCCCUUUAUCUCCACCACCCCAGAUACCAGGGGAUUGUCACGCCCUGGCUCUGGGGACUAUGUUAUGUUGAGCCAGGGUAUGUAAGUCUAUGUUUGUAUAUCUAUGUGGGCCUGAGUGACUCCCAAUCAGAGGCAACGAGUGUCAGCUGGUUGUCUCUGAUUGGGAGCCAUAUUUAACUAUCGGUCUUUUCACUUUGUGUUGUGGUUUCUUGUUCCGUUAAGGUUUGUUCGUGUUGUAACCUUAGACGUCACGCAUCGUUGGUUAUUGUUUUGAUCGUGUGAUCAGUUAAUAAAUAUAUAUUAUGUUCACCUUCAACGCUGCGCAUUGGUCCUCUCUCGUAGACGAGCGUGACAGAAGAAACCACCAGAACUGGACCAAGCAGCCUAGUGAGGAGCAGAGUAGGUGGACUUGGCAACAGUGGAGGCAGAGCUUCGACUGGGUCAAGCCGAAUGAGGAGCUGAAUGACGGAGAUUGGAAGCAGAGGAGCGAGAGGUGGGCGAGAAUUAUCGAGGCCUGGCCCACGGGGAAGAGAGACUCCCAGAAAUUUUUUAGGGGGGGGCUCACGACGUCGGACCAGCAGGAGGCCGCGAUAGAGCGGCCCAGUGGGUUGCCAGAGGAGGCCGCCAGGUUACGGGGGCCACUGGUCGAAGAGGGGAUGGAGGAUGUAGAGGCACGGCGAGAGGUACUGGCGUGUGUUGCCAGUCCGGUCCGGCCCGUUCCAGAUCCCGGUGUAGAGCCAGUGGUGUGUGUCCCCAGUACGGUCCGGUCUAUUCCUGCUCCCCGCACCAAGUCAGGGGUGCGCAUCGUCAGCCCGGUUCGGCCCGUUCCUACUCCACGCACCAAGCCUACGGUGUGCGUCGACAGCCCAGCCCGGCCCGUGCCUGCUCUCCGCACCAAGUCUGUGGUGCGUUUCGUCAGCCCUGUCCGGCCCGUUCCUGCUCUCCGCACCAAGUCUGUGGUGCGCGUCGCCAGCCCAGUCCGGCCCAUCCAAGCUCCCCGCACCAAGUCAGGGGUGCGCUUCGUCAGCCCGGUCCGGCCCGUUCCUGCUCCCCGCCCCGCACCAAGUCAGUGGUGUGCUUCGUCAGCCCAGUCCGGCCUGUCCCUGCUCCACGCACCAAGCCUACGGUGUGCGUCGUCAGCCUGGUAAGGCCCGUUCCUCCUCCACGCACCAAGCCAGGGGUGCGCGUCGUCAGUCCAGCACAACCCGUGCCUGGGUCAUGUCCGGAGCCGGAUCCGCCGCCGAGGCGGAGUGCCCACCCGGUCCCUCCCCUGUUGUGGUUGUUUGGCGCGGUCGGAGUCCGCGCCUUUUGGGGGGGGUACUGUCACGCCCUGACUCUGGGGACUAUGUUAUGUUGAGCCAGGGUAUGUAAGUCUAUGUUUGUAUAUCUAUGUGGGCCUGAGUGACUCCCAAUCAGAGGCAACGAGUGUCAGCUGGUUGUCUCUGAUUGGGAGCCAUAUUUAACUAUCGGUCUUUUCACUUUGUGUUGUGGUUUCUUGUUCCGUUAAGGUUUGUUCGUGUUGUAACCUUAGACGUCACGCAUCGUUGGUUAUUGUUUUGAUCGUGUGAUCAGUUAAUAAAUAUAUAUUAUGUUCACCUUCAACGCUGCGCAUUGGUCCUCUCUCGUAGACGAGCGUGACAGGGAUAUUGCCCGCUGGUGUAUGGCGGGGGUCCCGUGGACCAUUAUACUUUCUUUCCACUUGUUUUUUCAUAAUCCUUUUUCAACAUGUUUCUAGCUUUCCAUAUGUUUUCCAUAUGUCCUUCUGCUUGAAAAUCUUUAGUACCUCUUUUUGUCUUUCUCCUUUUGGCCUUUCUUUUCUUUCCUGUGUCAUUUGUUAUAUAAGUGUUUCCAUUUAUUCACACACCGAGACGUCAAGCGUUCCUCCUUCUAGCCAUUUGGUGCCCAUCUUUUUGGUGUGCUGUUCCCAUUUUUUGGAGAUCUCUUAUCAGCUCCUCUUUGCACAGAGGAUACCUGGCACUUAACAUUUCUACCGCUGUUUUACUCAUUUCUGCUGCCAGUCCCAAGUUCAACCCCUUUUUGGCUUCCUGUAAUAUCCGUAUUAUUCUUUGUUCCCUAGUUUCUUUUUAUCCUGUUAUUCACUUUUCCUAUUGAUAAUCUGUCCACAAUCUUGAUUAUCCUAGCCAAAACUCAGUUAUUGUAAAUGUGUGUUCGUUUUUUUCAUAGUACGCUUACUUCUCCUGAGAUCCACCACCUUUUUGUAGCUAAUCUCAUAAAUCGUCUUUUUACUCUUAUUUUUCUUAUUUCUAAAGCACUUGGCAGCGUGUAUUUUUCUACUCCCAGUACUUCAAUUGACAUUCACGCACCGUUCACUUUUUCUCUCCUAGUGCGAGACUGGUUGCGUCCUCUCUGCCGGGUUACACUUAAGCAACGGUCCAGGAGAGGUGCGCAGCCCCUUCCCCACCCAGGACAAGAUUUUCUUUCACACUUCUCACUUUCAGUAUUUUAAUCACACACUCAUUCACGCUCUUCCUUUCCAGUGCAAACUGGGUGCGUCCUCUCUGCCAGGUCACUUUAAUGUGACAAUCCAGGAGAGGUGCGCAACCCCUUCUCCAACAGAGACAGAAGCUUUCACACUUUCUUUAUGUUUCUCCCACAAACAACCUGCAAAUUCAGCCCUUUAUUGAUUCACUUCGUUAACACAACAUAGCGGUAUCCACAGGAAUUUUGCCUACCUGUUCAGCCACCUAGUAAUACACUUCCUCAACACACUAGAGCGGUAUCCAAACAGAUAGGUAGCCGCUUGCGCCAAAAUGAAUCAAACAGAACGAUCAGCAGGAUGAACAGAUGAAUAAGACGAUUUGAACAAAUGCACCAGAUGAACAACUGAGUGACCCAGAUGAAUUGAAUGCCCGAACUGAGUCAGACUGAUUAAAUAAGAUGAACGGGUUACAUUCACAACUCGAACAGGUUGAACAAAACAGGUCUGGACAAAAUGAACAGAUAAAACAACCGGAACAAACAGAUUGAUCAAACUGAUCGAAUGAACAGCUUGAAUGAAACAGGUGAACAGUCCCUCUUAACCGAACUGAAUGAAACAAAACCGUACAAGCAAACCAUCCACCCGCAUGGGCUGAGCAGUUCGCCCAAGCCGUCCACAGCCGCAGGUUUUCACAGUUUCUGGUCCCUUUUUGCCAAUCUUUUUCGUGACGCCAAGAUAUGUAGUGGAAAUACUUCUCAAAGAUAUCUCUCAGACACCGGAGCUUUCAGUAUAGACUUUAUUACAAAGUAACUCGCUGAGCUGGUCCAUUGAGCAACUGCCCAUCCUAACUCGGAGCUCUCCUUUUAUACAGUUUAAUUCUUACACAACAUAGAGUCACUCCUCUUUAUGUAAAUGAAUGACAUCUUUUAGUUCCACGCCACUACUAUUGUUUCCAAAGUCUAAAUGGUUUCUCUCUAGGCUGGGUUUCCCCUCCCCUUUGACGCUUAACACAGUUAUAUUAGUGGCGUGAUACAAGCAGUAUCAUAAAAAAUAAUGAGUACAUUCUUAAAGAUGAUUAGAUUACAGGGUGUGCUGACUGUCAUUACUAUCCAGGCAUGCAUCUGGAUUACAAAGUGUCGAUCAUGCUUUAUUCUGUUUUUCCCUUCUCCUAUACAAAAAGGUAUGGUUACAGGUUUCCCUUAAGCCCAUAAUGAUUUUGUUAUUCCAUCUCAACAUUUCAUCAUAUAUGUACUGGAAAAUGACCCAUUCCUACAGCUGCACACUUCAUCGAGCCGUCAACGAGGCGGAUCUCCACGAUGGCUGGCCCAUGGCAUGCCAAGAGAAGACAGUGCUCUACAUGACUAAGUACGCUGACUACUUCCUGGAGGUCUCCCUUCAAGGCAAGUUCAAGUUAUCUGUUGUCAUAACCUGUAUUUCGAACCAGUGUUUGCCUUCUGAAAGGAUGAUUUUAGGAAGAACAAGUGCAUAAUUUCCCAUUCUGCACUUAAGGCCUGUUGUUAAAAGACGCAGCUAGGCUUGUUGCACAAUAUUAUUUUGCAGUACAUGGUAAUGAGUAAAUUACCAGCUAUUGUUUCAGAUCAUGUGUUUCUGAGGUUCACCCCCUCACUGGUGGCAGCUGCCUCUGUGGCAGCCUCCCGCAUCCUCCUGCACAUAUCCCCUUCCAGGCCACCUCGGCUUUAGUGGCUCACUGCAUACACUUGGGAUCACCUUUUCCCCUGUGUGGAGAAACUGGUCAUGUGAGUGUCUGUACUCAGCUGGGUGCUGCCUAAUACCAGGGUUGUGUUCAUUAAGGCACACCAUAGCAAAAACGUUUUGCAAGGGAAAACGACGAGUCCCUUUCUGGUCAGUCUGUUUGGUGCCUAAUGAACAUGACCUUGAUGGGGGUACCAUACCUCUUGCCAGACAAUCACCACCAUGCCUACUCAGUACCUGCACCAGGCCAACAUCCAGUACCCGCAGCAGGUGCUCCAGCCUGGCCUACCUGUCCCACUCUGCAGAGCAACCCCCAGACCAUCUCAGCUGCUCUGGAUAGCAAGGCCAACAUUCCAAGCAGAACCUACCAGGUCAAUAAGCACUACACCUGUGCUGUUCCCUGCUUUGAUGGGUGGAUGGAUCUCCAACAUGGAGCUA